UACGACAUAUGCAUUACACACAUAAUUGAGAGUUGUGUUGCAAUAGUGACAAGAUCUGCGAAUUUACGCGGUUUUUACAUGAUCACUGCAAGUACACGAGGCAUUAAUUCUGCUAAAGACACAAGAAUGGGUUUAAGUCCAACCACUAAACAAAGAAUAGCUAUUGUCUUAGACGCGAGCAAAUUUGUAUUUCAAUGGGGUUUCAUUCCGGCCGUUCUCUUUUUAGGAUUUCGCAAAGGCGCAGAUCCAGGCAUGCCUGAAUUAACUCUCCUCAAUUUGUUAUGGCAGUAAUAGAAAUUUCUCUUCUUCAUCACACCGAUAUUUGUUUCAUUCCAACGAGAGUUAUGUUUGUACUAUACAUGUACUAUUAGAUAUCUUGACUAAAUUUAUGUAUUCGUUUAGACAAAGAUCAUGUAUAUAAAAUCUUACUCUACAAAAUUAUGAAAUUUAUAUUAUUGUGUGUAAUUUAAAUUGCACCGA